AUGCGAGCUCCCAGUAGCUCCGCAUCGUCUUCGUCCCAGUCGCCCGCUUUGCUUGCCCGGAUCGAAGAAAAGAAGGCCGAACUACAGAGCUUGAGAGAGCUUCGAGACCUCAGCGCCGCAGUGUCCAAUCAAAUGGAGGCCCUCGAGCAGAAACUGACGACUCUGUCCGAUGGGACUGAGGCGAUUGCAGCGGUCAUGGGCAAUUGGCAUAAUGUGCUACGAGCCAUCAACAUGGCGUCCAGUAUGUUCCGAGACGAAACCGAAUCAUCUACUACUGCUAACGAAGCCUCCCUCUUCUUUGCAGCAAAACUCGCAAAACCGUCUAGUGAUGCGUCCAUGGAAGACGCACCUGCAUCAAACGAAUCGCUUCCCCAGACUCUAGUACGAAUACCAACCGAGCAUGCGCCAACAUUACAGGCUCAGGCCGAUGCCAUUGAAGCGGCGACGGUGGAAGACUCGACUGCGAGCACGUGA